GAAAAACAUUCGAGACUUUACCAGUUUUGAAUCGAUCGAUUGCUGAGAGCUAAACAAAUUGCUAUUUGGUGCUAAAAUUGCAGAACAGUUUUUAAACUUUAAAGAAAUUUUCGCCAUUUACAAUUAUGAGUGAAUUGACACCAGAUGAAAUUCGUCGUCGACGCCUUGCUAAAUUGGCAAGUACAUCAUCUCAACCACAGGCGGAUACACAAGGCAAUACUUUAGACUCAGUAGAAAGUACGCCAAAAUUGGCAAAAAUUACGUCCGAACCCAUGGUUGUUGACGAAGAAUCGACCUCAAAAUGUCAAUAUGAUGACUCUCAAAUGCAAAUUGACCAAACACAAGAAACGGUGGAGAUGGAAACAGUCGAAGAAGCAAUCGACGAGCCAUCUGAUAAUCGCAAUAAAGUUUAUGAUAUUCUAAAACUAGCAUUCAAUGUCUGUACUGAAGAAAACGAAAAAGAAAAGUACGUUUACUUACCAGAGACCAGUAAACGUUUAAAAGAAAUGGAUUUUCCAAAUUUUGACGAAAUCUUUUGUGAAAGUAUUGUGGAAGCAACGAAUUUAAUAAUUCGAUGUAAUGCAUUCGCGAAAUGGUGUUCUCCAAUGAUGAAAAAUAUCCGUCAAGAGAAAUCAAAUUUUGAACUUUCUAUCCUAUGUUAUUUAUUAAAAUCUUAUUCCGAGAUUCAAAAACAGGACAGGAAACGGAAAAAUCAGGGAGUAUCAGAGAUAAUUGAAGCUGCAAAAAGGCAAUGCGUACUCAGCGCUUCGCUUUUAAUAAAAGGAGGAAUUGUAACUCCUAAAAAGUACUUGGCGGAAAAAUGUCCCCUUUGUACAUUUCUGUUGACUGAUGAAUUUCAUACUGAUUUCUUAACGCAACUUGCUCAUCUGACCUUUCCGGAUAAAGAAACAUUUUCCGUCAUAUUUUCUCGUCUAAUACAGACUUUAAGAGCAGCAAUGAUCAAUGUAUCUGUUAAAGAUGACAAUUAUGUGAGACCUUUAUUCGUUUUAAGAAGUUUGUGCGAGAUUAAAAUUGGAAAUGAUAGACCAAUCUGCUCAUUGAUUACAAGACAAGAGAAUUUUUCUCCUGAGGUCUAUAAUAAGAAAGCCAUAGGAAGAGAACUUCAAAAUUUAAGUACCCUGGGACCCUUUUUUGCUUUUUCGGUUUUUGCCGAAGAUGGGGACGAAUCUAUUAUCGAAGAAUAUUUCUCCUCUCCUAGCGAUAUAACUAACUUUAAAAUUGUUUCAACAAACUUAAGUCAAAGAUUAGAUUUUGGCCGACAAAUUCUGAUUGAUAUCAUUAAUUAUUUACUCCGUAAUGCAGAAUCAAAAGAAAUGAUUAUUUCUUUUCUUAGUCGACUUUUGUAUGAAAAUUCAAAGCAUUACGGAAUACGUCCUGUUGAAUCAGAAAUAUCCGGACAAGGAUUAAUGUUGAACCUUCUAUUCGUAUUUCAAAAAUUAUCAAUUGGAAAGAUAAAAUUCGAAAAGGUUGACACAACUUAUAUUUUGAACAAAAAUUGUAAACUGGAUUUAAGAGAUGUAUCAAGGAUAAAAAUGUCUCCAGAAGAAUUAAGGAAAUUAAAAUCGUCCAAAUCUUUUGAUAAUCAACCAAAGUUUGUCACAGAGUGUUUUUAUAUGACUAUUGUUGCUCAUCAUCUUUCCCUUCUACCGCUAUGGAAUAAGCAGAAAAGGAGAGAAAGGGCUAUUAAAGAACUUACUAAAGCGGUGAAUGAAAUAAAAAGGGUUGAACCAAAAUGGAAAAAUACCCAUGCCGAAAGGCAAACUAGAAAACAACUUAAAAAAUUAGAAUCCCAGUGCGAUAGGUUAAAAAAAGCUCAUUUAUGCGCCAAUACCGCAUUAACUAAUAGUAAACAACUAAAUGAUUCUGUGCAGUUUUAUAAUCAAGUUUCGAGCUUUCUCUCUUUUCUAAUAUCUGGUCAUUUUGAUGUAAACCUUGCAAAACUUCCUUUACCGGAGGAGGUACCAGAAUUAUUUGGAGCUCUACCUGAUUAUUUUGUUGAGGAUAUUGCUGAUUUCUUUUUGCUCCUGAUUCAACACCAACCAGAUGUGAUUCUUGAUAAUCUUUUUGAAACAAAAAAUGUGCUCAAUUUCUUCCUAGUAGUCAUUUGCUCCCAGAGCUACUUUUCUAAUCCGUACAUUAUUGCGAAAUUGAUCGAAGUAUUCUUUUGCAUUCAGGGAGUUGUACAACCAAAAACUGCAGAACUUGGUGAUUAUAUUUUACAUUAUCCCUUAACAUCUUCUCAUCUUUUAUCAAAUUUGAUGAAAUUUUAUUGCGAUUGCGAACAAACCGGAGCAAGUUCGGAAUUUUAUGACAAAUUCUCCAUACGUUAUCACAUUCAAACACUCUUCAAACGUAUGUGGGAAAUACCUUCUCAAAGACAGACAUUUAUCACGGAAGCUCAACAGGGAAAACAAUUUGUAAGAUUUAUUAAUAUGCUGAUGAACGAUACAACAUUUUUACUAGACGAGAGUAUGGAUUCGCUCAAAUUAAUAAGGGAACUUCAAGAUUUAAUUGAUUCCAAUAGCGAUGAAUGGAAAAAGAUGAAUAGAGAGCAGAGAAAUCAAAAAAUUCGCCAGCUUUCUCAGGAGGAACGACAAUGCAAAUCGUAUUUAACAUUGGCUGGUCAAACAGUUGAUAUGUUUCAUUAUUUAACUGAAGUCAUAGUUGAGCCUUUCUUGAAUGAAGUUGUGGUUGAUAGACUUGUAACCAUGCUCGACUUUAAUCUCAAACAACUUUGUGGUUCGAAAUGUAAUAAUUUAAAAGUUAAAGAACCAGAAAAAUACGGAUGGAACCCCAAACAAUUGUUAUCCGAUUUAAUCGAUAUAUAUUUGCACUUAGAUACAAAAAAUGAUAAAUUAGCUACUGCUAUUGCCAAAGAUGAGAGAUCUUACUCAAAAGAGCUCUUUGAUGAUGCUGUUAAAAGAAUGACUAAACACGUUAUUAAACCGGCAAGUGAUAUUCAGAGAUUUGAUAUAUUAGCUCAAAAAAUUGCGAAAAUUGUCGAACAAACUGAGAAGGAGGAAAUGGAUCUCGGUGAAAUACCAGAAGAAUUUAAAGAUCCUCUUAUGGAUACUCUAAUGAAAGAUCCUGUGAAACUACCUACUUCUGGACACAUUAUGGAUAGAGCAAUCAUAAUGAGACAUUUGUUAAACGUACAAUCGGAUCCUUUCAAUAGACAACCAUUAACAGAAAAUCAAUUGGAACCAGAUACCGAAUUAGCGAAUAAGAUUCGUGAAUGGAAAGAUAAGAGACUUAAAGAUUUAAAGAAGUAA